AUGGCAGAGACGGAACAGACCGGCAACGAGCGGACAGGCUCAACGUCUGAUAGCGAGGAAGUCAUCGCGGUCGCAAAUCCAACGGUUGAUGCUCCAGUGUUCAAAUGCGAUUACUGUGGGAGCACCUUUGGCCGCCAGGAGCAUCUCACUCGGCACAAGCGAUCGCACACGAGAGAAAAGCCUUUUUCAUGCUCGGCAUGCGGCAAGAGCUUCUCCCGAUUAGAUGUUCUCACUCGUCAUGCGACCUCUCAUGAUGAGGUCGCAAGCGAGUCUCGGCGGCCUGUGGCAUCUUCCAGGGCAUGUCAGGCUUGCGCUGUAAGCCGUUCACGCUGCUCAAAAGAGAGCCCCUGUCGUCGCUGUACGGGUAAAGGUCUCGAGUGCAAAUAUCCAGCUGGCCGCCGCCGAGGUCCUCGUACAGCAGUACGGUCUCCGGAUGAAAUUACUGCUCCCGGAGACAGACAUGAUAGUCAGGGAGAGGUCAUGGAGUAUGCCGACCCAGCACAAGUUCCACAACCUCCAGGGAUGGCCGAGAUACCAUUCCCGACUCCGAAUCACGCGUCAGAAAGGCGCGCAGUCGAAACCUCGUGGACUCUUCCGCAAGUCCCAGGAGACAACGAUCAGACUUUCCCAGUAAACAACUGCGAAGUAGGUUAUGGGAUGAAUCCCAUAGACAACUUCAUUCAGAACGAGGAAUUUCCCGAGCAAUCUGCUGGUAUUUCGGCCAUCAACUGGCUUUCUCCUCAAUAUUAUUCAGAUUUUGAUUGGGGCAUCAUGUCUUCUGUGAACGAGAGAGAUGCCUUCUCGGCUAACCUAGACGGCGUACAAACCGUCAUGAAUGCCUAUGAGGCCGUACGACAAGGGCCCUGGCUGAACCUCCUCAACAGUGAGCCAGUCGAGACUUCGAAUGCCGCACUUCCACCAGCAUCAGCACAUCAGCUCAAUCCACCAGGGACAACGCCCAGGAGUAGACCCAACGGAAGCACGACUGGAUCCGUUGAAUCAUCAUCCACCACGGCGACUUACUAUGUCGAUGGUGCCCCAUCUAGGGCACCCUUUAAAGGUCGCCCAUCGCAAAGAAGUCUAGUAUUAGAUAAUGCAGCGAGGCCCGAUGAUGACACUCCGACACCCAGCACAGCGAUUCCAGGCACCUCCAAAGAAGCUGAUGAAGGGACAGGGCUUGAUCUAUCUGUACAGGCCUACGAUAACCUUCUGCAACACAUCAGCGUCGAACCUUUUCUUCAAGGCCGCAGCGCGACACCGCUUCCAUCCAUAGCUCACGCUCGAGUUUAUUUCCGAUUGUACUUUCAACAUUUCCACCCCGCUUAUAACUUCCUGCAGAAACCAACCGACUUCUACCAUGAGCCGGCGAAUUGGCCUCUUUUGUUGGCCGUCUGUACAAUUGGCUCGGUCUACUCCCGAGGCGAGAUCAAUCUCGGCUUCAGAAACCUGUUUCUUCAAUUUUUGGAAAGCGCUGUGCGAUUUUACAUUUCAACGGGUGAUGAUGUGGCAGGAUCUUCUCAAGUGUCACUGAUAAGCCCCGGGGAAGAUUCAAUGGGUCUAGUCAUCGCUCAAAUGUCUAUCCUCUGGUUGAUAUACGACCUGCACAACGGUGUCCGCGGCGAUCGCUACGAUUUGGCAUUCCUAGUACGGCACUUCUUGAUCAAUGCCUGUCGGAAGAUGGACUUACUAGGUAUACGAGAAGACUUGCCACAGUCAGCGCAACACGCGGAUGGAUCAAGCGCUCAUAGGAGGUGGUUGGACAGUGAGUCCAGACUGAGAACGGGUCUCAUGAUAUGGAUCCUCGAUGUUAUUGUAUUCCUAGAGAGAGGUCAAGAUGUAUUGCUCAAGCUAGGCGAUGCAAAAGGCCAGAUGCCCUGUCUUGAUUCUAUCUGGGACCAACCUACUGCUAAGAAACCGGGACAGCAACAAUCUAAGCCAGUGACUAUACCUGAGGCCAUGGAAAUGCUUUACAUGGAGAAGAGGCUGCCACCGAACCUGGGUGACUUUAGCACCAUGGUGCUCACGUACGCUAUCAUCAGGCGUACGAAGGAAGCUAUCUACCACAACCAGAUCAGGCUCAAUUCAUGGACGCCGACAGCCGACGUCCAGAAGUGUGGUCCUGGCGAUACCGUCGAAGAGACUUGGCCCCCUUCGCUGCCUAUCCUAUCAAGGUGGCGGAACAGCGCCUGCGACUCUCUCGACCUCCUCCACUGGAACGCUAACGCUAUCAUCGCCAAAGCCGGUGGAUGGGAGCAUCCCGUCAUCUUACAUCUCCACCUCUCUCGCCUCGUCCUUCUCGCUCCGAUAACCCACCUACAGACACUAGCUGCUGCCGCCUCGGCGCGAGCAUCCUCCCGCAACGUCGACAAUUCCAAAGUCGAAAAGGCGAGAUCUCUCGUCGCCCAGUGGGCUCUGCGUGAUCAGUACAAAGCCAGACUAUCGGUCGUUCAUGCCGGAGCGAUGCUUUGGCACAUCCGUCGUUAUAGUGUGGGCAACUUUCUCGAGCCCUUUGGCAUAUUCGCUGCAACAUUGGUGGUUUGGGCGUACAGUACAAUGAUGCUGUUCAUGAGGCGGCACCAGAACCCGAGGUCUCACUUGGCCAGUGACGGCCCUGGCCAGCAAGAUAGCCCGAUAGAGGCAGUGGCGGAAGUUGAAGAGGACCCGGAGCCCAGCUUCCUCCACCUCGACCGGCCAUGUGACGACGAGAUGGUGCAGACUUAUGUGAGGCUAGGCCAUAAGAUGGCGGGCCACAUGGCCAAGGUGGGAGAUAUCUGCAAUGAUGGGGCCCCUCGGAAGAUUCUCAGAGAAGGGAUACAGAUGCUCAAGGGGAGACCGGAGCAGAACGGAGACGCAGCAAGUAGCGUCGGGAGCGGAGGUACAAGCGAGAAUGGCAGGGGAUACUCGGUCUGGGGAGUGGAACGAACAUACGCCGAUCUCCUGGGCUCGCUUGUUCAGUCCACCUCGGACUAG